AUGGUGAUAUUCCUGUGCCUCAACAGUGCGGGCGAACGGUGUCCACAAGUUACCGAGAGAUCUGCCCGACGCACCAACACGGUUGUUGUGGGAGACAUCACCGGUUUCCAAACCAUCACGAUGGAGUUCUGCAGCUGCGUUGCUGCAGGUAGCAGUGUAGUGAGCAACGACUGGCAGCAGCUGAUGGCCCUGCGUCUGUAUCCCGCUACACGAACCUCGAUCAAGACCGUCUUUACGUGGCGAGUCCUCAAGCAAUUCCAUAUCCACUCUUUGACCUCGAAAAAAUCGGCAUAUGACUACGUCGGUGCUCUACGAAAGCUAACAGAUAAUGUCUCGCCUUCCACUGUGCCGGACCGCUAUCGUGAAUUCAAGCUUGCUCAUCGGAUAUGGCGCUUUCUGGCGCUGAAGAGACGAACUGGACAGGUGCAUGGCUUCGACAAGUAUGUAACCAAUCGUCGGAAGGAGUCUCUGGCGGUCAGGUGCCCAGCUUGCCCCGAAGUAGGCUUCAAUAUGACUCAUGAAGCGAUGGUGGCAGCCUCCCCAAGUGAAAGGCACAAGUAUACGCUGUACCUAUCUGUUGACGGGAACUUCAAGUUGCAGCGUAAAAACAAACGGGAUGACCCUAAUGAUGUGGCUCUCAAUGACGGGAACGGCUACUUCGUGCACACGGCAACUUACAAUGAGUAUGUAAAGCAAGUGCGGCCUGUCGAUGAGACAAGCACUUGUUCUCAUUUGCGUGCAGCCCGGAUGCAGAACAUCGCCAAAUUCAAGAACGCGGUUAUCAGUGGCGUAGUCGGUGUUCAGUGUGCUCGCCAUGGCUUCUACAUGCCUCAAGGAAUGGUUGAUUUGAAGAAAGGCGAAGCAUUCAGUCUUACAGAUUAUGCUCUCGUGUUCGCCCUUGCAGAGGCGUGGACUUUACGCUGGGUCCUACGAAUUGAGCAUUGGUUUCCUUCAAUGGCCUGGCUGUUCACGCUGGUAGUCUUGUCCGGAGCCAUUGGCAAAAUGCACAUCCUCAACCACCAGGCUGAGUUCGGAGAGAUGAUUGAAGCAGGCUGGGCUGAGCAUAAUCUAGCUGCGGGAAGCUCGAAGGAGGAGAACGAUGGGAAUCGUCAUGACUCUAUUGACGACAUCAGUGGUUCGUGGAAUUGGGACAAAACACCUGUAGCGUCGGCACUUCAACAUCUUAGUCGGGUCUGUCAUUCCGAGAAGCGUAUUCGAUCAGAUCACUUCGAAGAACUAAACAAGACAACGCCUGCAAAAAAGGUCUGUGAAUGGGAGGCGAUGGACGUUCAGCCACGUAUGGUGGAAGGGAAACUAGUCAGUGUUUUCCAGACCAAUUUCAACAAGGGCCCACCCACGCAUGCCGAUGCCUACGCCAGACUCCUUGCUAUCGAGGGAAAGAAGUCUUCCGACCUGGCAGCACUGCCUGCAAGUGAUCUGGCCCUGGUGACAAGUGCUUUGCUGCUGGAACGUGAUCAACAUCAUGUACGUCGCAUGAUCGCCACAAAGGCAGAAGAAGCGUUGGUUGAUGCUGGGCGCCUCCGUGUCUUCAAGUCCUUGUUGGACUUCCGGGCUCAAUAUGUGGCCCGAAUUCCGGUGUUGGCCUCGCACAUGAGGGAUGCGGAUGCAGAGAAGCCUGAGCUGGAAUCCUUGUUCCUGCCAUCAUGCUUCAGCCUCCCUGCACGCACAGACAUGCAGAUGAUGGCGUUGGCAAAUAUCGAGUACAACUUGCGUGAGGGCCAGGCAUUCGAUGCCUUGGCGGAAGUCAGAACGGCAAUCCAAACACUCAAUUACAAUAUUCAGCUAAAGAAGACACAGAUUCAUGGCAUUGGGGCAAAUACAAAGACGCAAAACUAUCUCAGAACCCUGAGCAACAAUAUCCAGAUUGGGGCGGACAAGUAUCGCCGGAGUCGAAAAGCCCUCAUCGAACUGGGUCUUCCUGUGGAUGAUGGGUCGCUGCGACCUCUGGAGAAAGAACAUCUGGUUGGCAAGAGCAGGAGGCAGGUCAGGAUUGGAGACGCCAAGACGCAUGAGUCGUGGAUUUGGACAACCGGUCGAGGGGCAAAUAUGGAUGAGAGCGAUGUGAAGGAAUGGGAAGCAGAGCUCCAGCGAGUGCAAUGGUUCCAGGCGCGGGCGCUGCGUGACAGGGCCGUUGAGGAGGGAGAGACUCUGCACGAAGAGUGGAAUCGCACCAUUGCCGCUUUCGAGAACUAUGCUGCUAUUUGGGUCAGUCUUGCUCAAGAGCAGACCCGUCCGGGAGGGAAGGCCUAUGGUUACAAACAAGCUGCAAUGUACACGAAGCUGGCAGAUGGGUGUAGGGAGGCUCGAGCAGCAUUAGAGGGUCUAUACAAUGCUGAUUUCAGAAGAGAGGAGGAGGAGAGAGUUCAGCACUGCGCACAGAUAGAGAAGAAGCGACAGUCCCGGGGUGAUGGAUUUGACAAAUACGAGGCAUACUACGAGACAAUCAAAAUCUUGCUGGUGUGA